GCGACGGCCAGGGGGGCCCCGGCGUUGGGCCUGUUGCUGCUGUCGCCGUUGCUGUCACUCCUGGCCACGCCGCCCGGACGGGCAGUUCCCUGUGUCUCUGAUGGUUUGCCUAAACCUUCAAAUAUCACCUUCUCAUCCAUAAACAUGAAGAAUGUUCUACAGUGGAAUCCACCGGAGGGCCUCACAGGAGUUGAAGUUAUUUAUACUGUGCAGUAUUUCAUAUAUGGGGAAAAGAAAUGGCUUGGUAAACCCGAGUGUAAGAAUAUCAGUAGGACAUACUGUGAUCUCUCCCCUGAAACCUCCGACUACGAACACCAAUAUUAUGCCAAAGUGAUGGCCAUUUGGAAAACAAACUGUUCCAAAUGGGCUGAAACUGGAAGAUUCUACCCAUAUUUAGAAACACAAAUUGGCCCCCCAGCAGUUGCUCUGACUAUUGAUGAGACAUCUAUGUCGAUUGUUCUGACGGCUCCAGAGAAGUGGAAGAGAAAUCCAGAAGAGAGGUCCAUUUCCAUGCAACAAAUAUACCCCACUUUGAAGUAUAAUGUAUCUGUGUACAAUACCAAAACAAACAGAACGUGGUUGCAGUGUGUCACCAACCACUCUCUGGUGCUCCCCUGGCUGGAGCCAGACACUCUGUACUGCAUCCGUGUGCAGGCCCUCAUCCCUGGGCCUCCUCGCCUCUCUCCACCUUCUGAGAAGCAGUGUGUCACUACUUUAAAAGAUCAGACAUCAGCAAUGAAAAUUAAAAUUAUCUUCUGUUAUGUUUUGCCUAUAUCUAUUACCAUGUUUAUUUUUUCUGUGAUGGGCUACUCCAUUUACAGAUAUAUCCAUGUUGGCAAACAGAAACACCCAGAAAAUUUGAUUUUGAUCUAUGAAAAUGAAUUUGACAAAAGAUUCUUUGUACCAGCUGAAAAAAAUGUGAUUAACUUUAUCACCCUCAGUGUUGGGGAUGAUUCUAAAAUUUCUCAGAAGGAUAUAAGUUUAAUGGAAAAAAGCAGUGAUGAAUCUGAUGUGAAUGAUACUGAGCCCAAUGAGGACCAGGAGCCCCGUCAGGAGGAAGAUGAGGUGGAACACUUAGGGUAUGCCUCACAUGUGAUGGAAAUUUCCUGUGACUUGAAGGAAAACAGAAAUGGUUCUUUCCUAACCCAGCAAGAGUCACUCAGCAGAACAAGAGCCACAGAUGAAACUGUCACAGAUUAUGAGUAUGAUAGGAAAACCGCUGGCAUUUCUGUGGAGCUUAAAGACCAAGAGCUCAACUUGCAGGAGGAGGUGUGCCUACAGGUAAAACUGUUUGAGCAACAGGAACCUUUGGCAAACAUGGGCCAUCAGAUGUUAUUGUAUUCAUACGUUCCCCAGCUCAGAGACGUAGACUACUUGAUGCAGGAGCUCACAGAUGCCGAGGAGAGGCCUGUGGAACAGCCAUUGACGACACUGGUCAAUUGGGACCCUCAGACUGGCAGACUGUGUAUCCCUUCAUUAUCUGACUUUGAACAUGACUCACAGGGAUGUGAUCAUUCUGAGUGUGGCAGCCUUACGGAAGAAGACCUUUUGUCCAGGCUCUAUGAAGAACAUGAUCCAGACAAACUACUGGAAGAAAAUGAAACGUACCUCAUGCAAUUUAAGGAGGAUUGGGGAUUACAUGUACAAAUGGAAGACUAA